UAGCUGCAAAUAAUUAAAAGUGGAGCCGGUGGGUAUCUUCUGUUUUGAACCAAGUCCAGACCAAAUAAAAAUGGAUCAAGCUGUCCUUCCAACUCGAGGUGGAGCCAAUGAUGAUCAACCUAAUUUCACCAAAUCUGGUGAUAUUUUACCCUCCCAAGCAGAAGGACCUAGAUCUACAUGUUCCAUAUUUGAAGACCCACUUGCGGCCUCUGCUAGUAGUAGUACCAGCUUUGAAGAUCCUGCAGAUGAUCUUAUGAAGGCUUAUGUGAGACAGAGAGAAAGAAGUCCACAUCUUGAUGAGAUAGUCCAGAAAGAUGGACCCAGACCUGAUCCUGGAGUUGAUGCAUCAGAGUGCUCAGAAAGCAAGAUGGCUUCAAGUCUUGAACCAAUUGAUGCAGUGAUGACAGAAAUCGACAGAGCAGUUAAGAUGGAAUGCAUGCAGUGGACUCAAGUCUUCAUGGAGAGUGAUCAGUUUGAGGUGUUGAGCUCCGAUCAUGUUGACAAGCUGCUGGAAGAUGCCAGAGCACUGGAGGAGAACUUGCUUGAGAAGAAAGAAAGAUUGUUAUCCCAUCUCAAGCUCCUUUCCCAGACACUCAAACUACCCUAG